AUGGGGGGUGUAGGGGGGUGGGGAGUUGGUGGUUGGAGGGGGGCGUGGGUCGUUUGGUGCUUUGGGUUGGGGUAUUCGGUGGUUUCUGUGUGGUUGGGGGGUUGUGUGUGUUUGGUGAUGUUGGUGUUUGGGGGGGAUAGGUUGAGUGUUUGUUGGGAGGGUGUCUGGUUGGGGGGGGGUUGUGGGAGGAGAGGAGUUUGUGUUGGGUGUGAUGGUUGGGGGGGUUGGGAAGUGGUGGUGUUGUCUGGGUGUGAGUUUGGGUUGGUUGGUGGCGUUGCUGUGGUGAUGUUUGGUUGGUGGGGGUGUGGGGUGUUUGUGGUGUGGUUGGGGGGGAUUAGUGGUUUAGGUGGUGUGGGGAGGGUGCGUUUUGGUGGAGUUUGUUGGGGGUGGGGAGUUGGGGUCGGGGGGGGUGUGUUAUGGGUGGGGUGUGGGUUGUGGGGGUUUGUUGUGGGUGAUGUGGAGGUGUGUCAGAUUUGGCUCGGUGAGGGUUGUUGGGACGGACUGGAGUGUGUCGGUGGGGUCGUGUAUAGGGUGUUGGGUGGUGUCGUUGGUGGUGGGAUGGUGGAUGUGUUGGGUGUCUUGGGGGUUUGGUGCGUGAAGGGGGGUGGUUGGAGUGUUGGUAGGGGUGUGUGGUGGUGGGGUGUUUGGAGGGGUCAGUGUGGUUGUGUGGGUGUUGGUUGGGUGGGUGAUGAGGCGGGAGGAGGGGUGGUGUGUGGUGUGCGCAGAAGUUGUGUUGUGUCGGGGGGGGGUGGUGUUUGGUGUAGGUGUGUUUUGAGUGUCAUGGUGUGUGGUGUGUGGGGGUGGUUGGUUUGUGGGUGUGUGUCGUGUUGUGGUGGUAUGGAGUUGGGACUUUGUGUCUGUUGUGGUGCGUGGGUUGUUUCUGUGGUGUGGGGGGGGGGGUGUGUGGGGCGGUGGCGGGUGGUGAGGUCGUUUGGUGGGGGGGUGAUUGUUGUGGGGUGGGGGUUCUGUGGUGCUGGUGGGUGGUGGGUGUGGUUGGUAGAGGCAUGUAGUGUGAUUCGUGGUGGUUUGGGGUGGCGGUGGAAUGAUGGUGGGUUGGGUUUUGGUGGUGUUGUUGUGGGGCUGUGGUUGGUGCUGGUGGGGGUGUUGUUUGAGAGGAUGCUGGGUUGGUUGGAGUUUUGUGGAGGGGGGUUAGGGGUUGUGGUGGGUGUGGUGUUGGUAGCUGGUGGUGUUAUUGUUGGAUGUGGGUUUGGUGUGGUGUUGUGUGUUGUGGUGUGGGUUGUGUGCGGUGGUACGGGGUGGAGUAGGGGUGUGGUUAGUGUGGGUGGGUUGGUGGGUAUGUUGGGCGUGGUGGUUGGGUGGGUGGGUGUUGGUAGUUGGUUGGGUGUGGUGUUUAAGUGUGUUAGUUGGUUGGUGGAGUGGGGUGGUUGUGUGUGUGGUGUGGUUGGGUGUGGUAGGUGUGUGUGGUUAGGGGGGGGGCUGUGGUUUUUGGGUGGGAGGAGUGUGGAAGGGGAGUGGAUCGUCGGUUGUGGAUUGGUGGUGGUGGUGUUGGGCGUGCUGAGUGCUCUUAGUGGGGUGUGUUGGUGUUUGGGUGGAUUGCGUGGGUUUGUGUAUGGGUGUGCGUUGGUUCGGGGGAGGUGUGAGCGGGUUGUUGUGGUUGUGGUGUUGUUGGUGUGUGAGGUGUGGAGGGGAGGGUGUGUGUGGUUGAGAAGGGUGGUGGGUUUGGGCAGUGUAGUUUGGUGGUGUAGGGAUGCUGGGUGGGGUGUGUGGGGGUGGGUUGUGUGGUUCGUUGGGUUGUGGUCUUGUGGGUGUGUUGUGGUGGUGUUGUUGGUGGUUUGGGUGUGUUGUUGGGUGGGUUGUGGUGCGUGUAAGGGUUGGUAG